AUCCGCUGCCCCUCGUUGGGAGGAACCGAAGUAACAAUGUACCAUCAGGGAACAUUGUUACAAUAGUCAUGUUGAGCUUUUGUCUCCCCGGGAACGUGUGUAUAUAUAUAAAACUUGCCGGCCACAACACUGACACUAACCGUCCACCACAGCUGCAAGUAACCACCUGUCUGCUGUUCUCUCAGUGUUGGUGACCACCAUCAUGAAUAUGUUGACCCAAGUAGUAGCGGUGAUGGCGGUGGUGGUGAUGACUCUGAUGGUGAUGACUGAAGCUCAUGCCCUGCCCAGGAGACAUCAUGGUCAAGCACAUCAGUUAUGUCAAGCUCCUGAAUCACACAUCAUUAUGACCAACCUCACUCAGGAACUGUGCACCCAAGACAACAACACCAAGUGUGUCGCCAACAUGGAGAGUUGCCUGAGAGAGACUACAACACCAAAACCUGGCAACUCAGCUAAUGAGAAGCAGCAGAUCCUGCUAAACAUCACAGCUUGCGCCCAGCAGCUGGGCUACAACAUAACUAACCCUGGAAAUUCCAGUGAACACCAUGGCUCUCCUAAUGGGCAUCAUGGCACUCAUAAUAAGCAUCAUGGCUCUCCUAAUGGGCAUCAUGGCUCUCCUAAUGGGCAUCAUGGUACACCUACUGGGCACCAUGGUACUCAUACUGGACCUGACAGCUCCUGGGAGAACAAUUCCCAGAAUGGUUUUAGCAAAUGUCGCAACAAGCUCCGAGGUCCUGAGAGGUAUUUCCAAAAGUUGGGUCUCUCCACUGACCAGUUCCUUCCCAUGAUCACCUGUCUUAUGACCAUGAGCGGACAGCUUGAUUCAUUCAGCACUUGCAUCAACCAGUAGCAUCAACGAUCACCGUUGCAGACUACAUCAACCAGUAGCAACAACAGUGUUACAGACCUUGGCAUCUACAUCAGCCAGGGGCAACAACAAUCAGUUUUGCAGACUCUGGCAUGUAUAUCAACCAGUGGUAACAACAAUCAACAUUGCAGACCCUGGCAUCUACAAUGGAACCACACUUCGGCAAUUCCAUAUAUUAAACUCUCGUAGGAACUUGCGCUAGAAAUCUGCAGAAACAGCAGUUUAACUAUCCCUCAACAAUGACUAGAUCUGUAUUGCUAUCCUUCACACAUGACUAGAGCUGCCUAGCUAUCCUCUCCCAUCUCUCUGCACCUCCACUUUAAAAAUUCACGAAUUUUAUCCCUAGAGAGAACAACUGCAUCACCAGGUCAACUUUGACUUUACUCAAUUAUUACUGCAGCAGAUAUGUGGUACAGUGACGUAGCAGCUUCAGUAGUAACAAGUGAAGUCACAACUGUAGUAGUAACAAGUGAAGUCACAACUGUAGUAGUAACAAGUGAAGUCACAACUGUAGUAGUAACAAGUGAAGUCACAACUGUAGUAGUAACAAGUGAAGUCACAACUGUAGUAGUAACAAGUGAAGUCACAACUGUAGUAGUAACAAGUGAAAUCACAACUGUAGUAGUAACAAGUGAUGUAACAUCUGUAGUAGUAACAAGUGAUGUAGCAGGUGAAGCACAAGGUAAUCAAGCAGCUGUUCUGAGAGGAGGGAAGAUAUAGGGUUACAUCACUGCCUCAGACACACAGCAAUAAUCAAUGUUAACAGCGAGGUAUACACAGAGAGCAGAGGUCGUAUAACAUUUACAUAUAGGAGGAAAACAGCACUAACAGCAGCAGCCUUCCUUUUGAAAUGACAAGAACAGCAAAAUUAACACCGCAAGCAGCAACAUCAACAUCACAGACAGAAGGAGCAACAGCGUCAGCAAGAUUCCAUAACUCUGCAACAGUAAGAAACAUUAUACAAACAACAUCAGAAAACAAACAAAAGUCCACAAACAACAGAACACGAGUGGCUGUUAUUUUGGGAUAUAUUUUCGCAGGCAUCGAAAAAUAGUUUCCUUUCAUAUGAUUAUUUUCCUUCCUUUAGUUCGCACAUGUUUACUGUUUUAUAACAUUAAUAAAUAUA